UGAGUGUUUUUGCCAAAUAGAAUGAUCAAUUUAUGGUACUUUAAUCACUUGUUGGAUUUAUACUAUAUAUGUAAAAUGAAUAAAAAAGAUGGCACAUUAAUAUUCUUGCUUGCUCAAGUAGUAUUGGAAAUUAUCAUAGUCCAUGUUACCCUAAUCUGUAUAUUUUCAUAAAAUAAUGAGCCUCAGUCUUAUUUGAUGAGUAUAUUCACUAUAUUGUUUGUUACAUAUUUCUCUUGGGCUAUCAAACAGUAAAACCUUUAAAAAUAAUCAAGUAAAGGUUCUUUGCUUACUUCUCGUGUACCAAAUACAAUUAAAUCACUUAUUUUUAUGGAAGAUAUACAUUUUAUAUCACAAAAAGCUAUUGUCCUUGAAAAUUCAACAACGCUAGAAAUACGAUCUUUUACUAGUGAGCUGAGAGACAUUAUAAUUAAAGAUGAAGUUUCUGAAGAAAAUUUAUUGGAUCAAAUGAAAAUACUUAAAGUAGAUAAAUAAACUUAAAGAAACUUAAAUUAAAAAAUUAAAGGUAUAAGCUUGCGUUAACUUAUAAGCAAAUGUUAGAUUUUAUAAAAGACAACAGAAAUAUUAAUAAUAAAAACUAAUUUUAUAUUGUUAGAAUAUUAUUAAAUAAAAUUACAUUUUGAUAAGGAUGUGAUCAUAUUAAAGUUUGAAGAAAUUAAAGAGUUUGCAAAAUAUAUUAAAAAAAAUUCAUGUUUUGCAUUAAUGAAUAAAUUAUUUUAAUCUUUUAGUCAUGAAUUUGGAACAUUAUUAAAUUAAAUUGCUCUAAAUGCUUAAAAUGGUUUAGCCUAAUAUCAAAAUAUGAAAGAACAAUUUGAUUCAAUAUAUAAUUGUGUUGUUAUGAUGAAUAAUAUGGUAAAAGACUUAAAAGAUUUUCAUCAAUUACGUAGUAAAACUUUUCAAUUAGAAAUUGUAGAUGUAAAUAUAGAUGACAUAUUUUCUGAACUUUAAAAUCUAUUCAAAUAAUAAGCAUCAUAAAAAAAGAUUUCCCUAUUUUUAGUGAAUAAAGUAACGAUUAAAUUUAAAUAAGAUGAAUAAAGAAUUAAAUAAAUUCUUUAAAACCUUAUAUAAAAUGCUAUAAAAUAUACAAAUUAAGAUGGAAAUGUGUAUGUAAGUGCUGAAAAGGAAGAUGAAAAAAGAAUAAAAUUUUCAGUUUUAGAUUCAGGAAUAGGAAUAUCUGAAAAUGUUGCUUCAAAUAUAUAGAAAAUGUUGGAAAAUGAUUUAAUUUUGACAUCAAAACUUUCAGAAGGUGCUGCUGGAUUAGGUUUAGGAUUAUUAAAUUCUAAUUAUUUAAUAAAACAUUUAUCUUCAUUUAAAUAAGCACAUAAGGAACAUUUAUAAUUUAAAUCAAAAUUAGGAGAUGGAACUAAAUUUUGGUUUUAUAUUUGGAAAUAUUAAGUUUAAGAAUCACCAUAAAGUUAAUUUGAAUCAAAAUCAAUAAAAAUGAUUGAUAAGAAAGUAUUCCUUCAUUAGAAAUCAAAUAUUGCUCCUCCUCUUUCUAGUAUAGUAUCAAAUUCAAAAAGUUGUCCAUCAUAAAUAAAAAAAAUGAGUCCAAGUAAAUCUUGUUAGAUUCGACCAAAUCCUUAAAUAUUUUUUCCAUCUGAUAUAAAAGAUGAAAAUGUUAUAAUAAUGGAAUAAGAUGAUAGAACAAUUGCAGAAGAUCCUAAGCCAAAUCAUUUACCGGGUUAAAGAGCAAGAUAUCCAUCAAUGAGUUCACCAGAAUGUUAAUAUGUUAGAUUAUUACUUGUAGAUGAUGAACCAGCAAAUUUAUUUCCUUUAAAGAUUAUGAUAAAAAUGCUAGGUUUUGAAAGUGAUAUAGCAUAAAAUGGAUAUUAAGCAAUUUAAAUGGUAGAAUCAAGAUUAGAUUAAAAAUGUCAAUAUCAUUUAAUUUUAAUGGAUAUAAAUAUGCCAUAAAUGGAUGGAUUUGAAACAACCAGAAAAAUUAAAUAUUUAUAACCUAAUAUAACUAUAGUAGCAUGUUCUGCUUUUAGUGACAUGUAAACUAAAUAUUAAGCAUAAUUAUAAGGGAUGGUUAAUUACCUUGA